CCGUCCGUCCCCCGGGGCUGUUCCUUUAAGGGAUGCUGGGUUUUCCCAUGGACUGACUCAGACUGGAAACUCUCAGUUUUUCUAGGCGCAGCUAUCUAGGUCAGGCUUGCUGACAGUUGCUGAUGCUUCUCACCUCGCUCGGCAGCCCCGGCCGCAGCAGCGGGCAGAGGGGCCCGGCAGCACAUGUCCUGAGGACUGGCAAGACUAUGCCACGCGCGGACAGCGGGCGCAGCCCAGGCCAUGGCGGGAUCCGGCGAGGCUUUGGCGCUCCACGUCUUGCUCUGCUGCCUGUGCAGAGGUGUCACAAACAUCUCGUGCUCGGGGCACGUCUGGAUCGAGCCCGCUCCGGUGGUGCAGAUGGGCACCGACGUCUCCAUCAACUGCCUCUCCACCCUGGGCUGCCCCUGGGCCGAGUUCCUCAUCCUCCUCAACUACAGCCACACUGAGGGUCCCCUGCGCCCCCUCAACCGCAGCGCGGUCCAGCUCCGGCUGCACGAUUUCCGGAUGCCCUACGGGACCGUCGCCUGCUUUGCCCGCUGCCCCAACAGCGAAAAGCACCAGCCGGUGUGCGGCACCGACGUCUGGGCGGGCUACCCUCCGGACCCCCCCAGCAACCUGACCUGCACCAUCCGCGAACGCUCGGGGCACCUGGCGUGCACGUGGGACACGGGGCGCACGACCCACCUGCGCACCCGCUAUGCCCUCCACCUGCGCAGCGUGGGGACGGCGGAGGAUGCUGAGGAUGCCGAGGAGGAGGAGGAGGUCUUCCCCGAAGGCUCCCCGGUGCCGCUGAGCAUGCUGCGCAGCAGGAGCCACUACUCUGCGUGGGUGCAGGCCAGCAACGUGCUGGGCGCUGCUCGCUCAGCCCCGCGACGCCUCAACCUGCAGGACCUCGUGGUGCCCACUCUGCCCCUGGUCACCGGCGCCGAGACGAUGGAGACGUCGCCUCCCACCACCACCAUCCACUGGAAGAGGCAGACGCUGCUGGAGAACGUGCACUGCGAGGAGCGGCACAAAGCUACGGGUGCCCUGGCAUGGCAUGUAGAGGCGUGGGAUGGUGCGGCACAGCGCGGGCCCCGCUCCCAGCACAACCUGCAGAGUAACACCCGGUACGUGUUUCAGGUCAGGUGCCGGCUCAGCCCUGCCGACAGCCCCUGGAGCACCUGGAGCACCCCCUUUCUCUACACCACCCCCGAGGCAGCCCCCGCCGUGGCGCCCGACGUCUGGCGGCGCCUGGGCCCGGCGUUCCCGAACGGCAGCCACGAGGUGACGGUCUUGAUCAAGCCCCUGCCGCCCCGGGAUGCCCGCGGGAGGAUCCUGGGCUACGCCGUGGCCGCCGAGAGCCCCGCGGGCGCGUUGCUCCUCUGCAACACCUCCAGCACCGCCUGCAGUGUCCUGGUGCCCCCGGGAGCCCGUGCCCUCCACGUCACUGCUCACAACUCCAGGGGGGCUUCCAGCCCCGCCAGCAUCGCCCUCGGCCGGGGAGCCAGCGGCCAGGAAGAGUUCCCAGCGCCGCUGGCCGUGGAGGUCAAGCCCGAGAACCGGAGCAGGGUCUCGGUGGCCUGGCAGCCCCCUCCUCGCAGCGGGAGGUCCCCGCUCUGGUUCAUCGUGGAGUGGGUUUCCACCUCCCAGUACAGCCAGGAGGAGCGGUAUUUUUGGAAGAAAGUCCCACACCAGGAAACGCACACGUACAUCCAAGAAGGGGCGGUAGCAGGAGGUCACACCACCGUGUUGGUAUACGCCGUCUACCCCGACGGAGUCAGCAAACCGAGUGCUGGCCAAGUCCCUUCAGAGGACCAGCUCCUGGGCAGCAUCUACAGUGAGAUCUCCCAUGAUGACGACGUUGGAGUUUUCCUGGGACUGGGCAUCAGCGUGGUCAUAUUAUCGGUUGCUUUUGUAAUUCUGAUGUUUAAAAAAUCAGCCAGAAAAAGAAUUAACACCACCGUUGUGUCGCUCUUGCCAAAGUGGCUGUUUGAAGACUUUCCCCACAUGGAAAACAGCAACGUGGUAAAGUCACUCCAGGAAAAGAGUGAUUUCACGAGUAACAGUUUCCACGAGCCGUUCUUGCACACCAGUGACCCCACAGUUAUGGAAAUCGAGGAGGUGCCGGUGCACUUGGAGUACAAGAACGUGGCCACCAGAAGGAAGCCCAGCAGAGGGGUCCCCGAGGCUGAAGAGCGCCCGGGGACCAUGGUGCCUGCCAGCAUCACGACCCCCGAGCAGAUCAGUGACUACAAACCUCAGGUGUCCGACGGGAACCCGCUGGGGUACGUCGCUGCCAACAUUUACCAAACACAGCCCCCCGCGCUCCUCCCAGAACCGGAGAUGAGCAUCUUCUUCAGAGACUACACGAGCCCCGUCCCCCACCUGUGGGACGGGGAGGGAGGGGGACACCACGUCUGUCUGCUGGAGAAGAUCAACCUCAUCUUAAACAACAGCCGGAGCGGGCAAAGCCACGUGUUCGGCUCAGCCCAGGGGGGACACGGUUCCCUCCUGGAGAACCGGUGGGGACACACGUUGGCCAACGAUGUUCAAGAGCAAACGCUGGUCCCCGAUGAGCUGGUCUCCUGCCUGAGAGCCAUGAACAGGGAGUCGGUGGAUAUAAAGACCUGCUUUCCGCAAAGCAUCGGGAGGUUAUUUUGAAAUAAAUCGUAGUUGUGAUUAAAAACCCCGAAGCGAUGACCACAGCACCUAUCAGCCUCUGAGCCUGCAAACAGCAGAACUGGAACAAAACUCUGAAUCUGAAAUUCAUUUUCUCAAUCGACUACAAAUACUUGUGGCUGCCUGGAACGCUUUGGCCAGUGAAUCACAAUUUUAAACUUACCUCGUAUUGUCCCAAGCAUAAAACCCAUAAAGCUUGGAUUCCCGUCAGAACCGAAAUAGGUGACUUUUGCAGGAUGCAAUACGCUUCAAUCAUUAUUCAAAGCCAUUCUCUUGUUAAAUAGUUGGGGCAUUUCAUCCCUGGAGCUGAUUGCAGUUAAGAUGGAUAAAACGAUCCCUUAGACAUCCUGACUGGAUUGUGCAGAAUAUCUUGGGAUCACUCCUAAUGAAGAGACACUACACCAGGGAGGAUUUAUAUAUCGUACAGCAGACAUGGAUCCCAAGAACAUGAAAUCUUUUCUGUGUGACAGAAUAACCCAAUCUCAUUUUCCCUCCCGUUCAAUAAUAGAAGCUACAUCAGGUAAGAACAAGCCUUCGCCAUCCGCCAGCCCGAUUUAAAAUCUCUCUGAAUUGGUCACUGGGUAAAUUCUUCAUUUUGCAUGAGGGAUUUAUCAUCUCGCAGCAGCUUGUCACCGCCUCAGCCUUGCCGUGAAGCGCAACGCGGUUCGGCGAAAUGGGGUUUAUUCGGCACGCGACAGGGAAUCGGGACCUUCUGGCAUCCAAAAAAUGAACGACAGGAGUCUCCUUCCUGCUGAGCGGUCAGGAAAUCAUUUACAAGUUUGCCUUCAGAAGCGGUCUUGCAAAAUGCUCCUAAAGCAACCAGCAACUCCCUGGAAACGCGGGAGGUUGGGUUGCGUAUCUAUUCGCUGACCGCCCACACCUUUUUAAGGAAAUACUCCAAAUGCUUUUAAGGAAUACAAGCGUAAAAGAAGUUUACGAUACUCUGUUAAAUGCCGGAGCGCUCAGUGCUCGCUGGGAUGUUUGCUCUGCUGCUCCUCUUCUCCCCGCAGAGCCUGGCUCUGGUCUGGAGCUGCAGCCGGCGGAGGUGCCGCUGCGUGUGGCUGGGGGGUGUGUGUGUGUGGGGGGGGUGCUGGUGCCAGAGCUGCACGCCCACGCACGCCCACGCACGGCGGCUGUUUUGGGGCUGUCUACAGCAGCACACGGAUGCUCUGCACGUAAAACUCCGGUUGGAGACAGCCCGGAGCAGCCUGCUGCAGGCGGUGCCUUCCCCGCCCCGCAUCCACCGAAAAGAGCGAAGAGCACACGGCUCCUGCCAUCGCUACCAGGAGGGACCAGGGGCUCGCAAACAUCCCAUCAUAUUUGCACCUGGCUUUGAGUCUCCGUUCACAACCAGUAGCACAAAGAGCCUCUGAGCCACGUACCCGUACGGGUGCUUUCUGCUCGCUGAGCAGCCCGCGUCGGGUGCUGGGGGGGCUGAGCUGGCCGGGCACAGCGCAGGGGGUACGUGCAGGGGGUACGCCUCUUGGGAGAAGGACGUGACAAGGCAAAAGGGUCGCCUGACCGUGUGGCACCAACCCAAAAAUCUGUAAAAUAGAGCAAGGCCUGACGAUUUUUUUUGUAAGUCUUAAAAGCUACAAAGCUGAUGUAAAUGCUAACCUAUAUAUAAUUACCUGUCUGGAGUUAUCCACCUUAUUAUUAGGAAAUCACUUUUUUGCAGUAGAACUGCUAAACCUGGAGAUUAUAAUCUUUCAAUUUUUGCUAGGCACUGUCUGCAUUUCUCUAACAGCUGGUGCACAAAUGGAUCGAUUUUGUCGUUUACUCCUGAAUCCCUUCGAACCGAUGCUGCUCUGCGCUGCGCUUGUUUCCUUUAACAACCCCAGAGAUCCGUCACUUAAAUUUACCGAGCAGUAGUAACCUGGCAAGGCGGGGUAGGAUUCUUCUUUAGAAGCAGCAAACUGUUUCCAAGCCAGAAAUGCGAUUUUUACGUGUAAGCGAGUCUAAAAUUAGUGAUUGCUGCCUGCGCAGGAAGGAAAUUGUAAAAGAACAGCCACAUACUAUCGGCAGCCCGAAUGUGAGAUGGGGAAGGUAUUUUUUUUUUUUUUUAAUGUCCACAUCCUGAGACUUGCGCUGCCUGUAUCACCUGAACUACCAAACCCCGGGGCUGAAAACGCUCGUCUUGACAGGGAAAAAAAAAAAGCCUGAAAGCCUGGUCUUACGUUUGAGGUACCUGCUGGUUGAAUUUCCAACCCUGCUAACUCGCUCCGGGAUGGAUAUCUGCAAAUAUCUCUGUGGCUGGGGUGGGGAGCAGCAGUUGGGAUCUCCCAACACCGAGACCCUCCUAUGGGCAACCCUUGGAUGUAUGGACGGGCCAGUGUUUUGAAUCAAAUCGUGAUGUCAUUCUCAGUACGCGUAUUUUAACAUCUCAGGGUUCACUCCCUCCCUCCAAUUCUUGACAGCAGUAUCUUCUCGAGUUGGGUUAAACCAUCGGCAGCCGUAUCUUGUGCCAGCGAUUUCCAGAGGUUAUUUUUCAGUUUCUAAUGAGCUUCGUGGGUUGUUCAGCUUCCUUGUGACAUGGGGUUCUGCACCUUGGAGGCACAGAGAGGAAGCAUCCGCUGAGUAAUCUCUACCCGCAGACAGCAUGCACCAAAGAGCAUCGAUCUCUCGCGCAACUCUCGCUCCACCUGCAAACUCAUCUGUAUGUACCUCAUCCCAGGCGCCUGAAAUCUCGGUGCAAUGAUUGUCUGACAAGCCGUUUUCUAUCCGUGCCGAACGAGUCACAGGGAGAAAGCGGCCGCUGUUGAAGUUAUAGCAGGGAGGGGGGGGCUUUGCACAAGGCGGGCUUUUUUUGGGGUGCGGAAGCGAUGACCCGAUGUCCCUGGAUGUAAAGGAGCGGUGACCCCGUGUCCCCUGAUCUUGGUGUCAC